CGCGUCACUGCGGUUCUCUAUACCUGUCAAUUAGUGCUUCCAUGGACCUCAUCUGUAAUGGAAGCUCGUCGAGGAGUCUUGGUUUUCUCAACGUUUGGGAAGACAAGAAAAAUAACAAUAACAAAAGAAGUCCUUUUGGCUGUCACUGACAAGCUUCGAGCCACAACCAAAACAAAAGACAACGAUGAAGGUGACGAGAAAGACACUUUCUGGGGCGAGGUGUGUCAGGAGCUUGGAAUAUCCGAUUCCAAGACCAAUAGGACACGGCUUCAUCAUGCCUAUAACCAUCAUAAAAAGAUGAGACACAAGACACAGAUGGUGACCGCAGCACCUGCCAGCCCAUCGACAGACAGUGACCACACGGCCUGCCCCAUCGACAGUGACCACAGUUCCACUGACAUUGACCGCACAGUGCCUGCUACCCCAUCGUCGGUUAGACAGGCAUUCACAGAGACGAGUGAACCAGAAGACGUUUCAGAGUGUAAUUCAUCAGGGACAUAUGACUCCUCAUCACAGUCAAAAGAUGGGCAACUCUUACACUCAUUUAAAUUGCCUUCAAAUUCUUCAUUUUUUUUUGUCACUAAAAGUGACUGGAAGAAACUGAGGAUGAGACAACAUAAGCGUCGAUUCAAAUCUUUAAACUGGACUUCAGUCAUGGCCACUGGCAUCCGGAGUAGACCAGGUACCAUCAACUGGUGUGAUGAAAACAUUGUCCUGGCAGGCAAGAAAGAAGCUGAGAAAACACAGCAAUGA